CGUGAAUAUAUUUUAUUAAAUUGUGGAUCACUUGAGUAGUUUGCCAGGUGUUGAUGAACCAGAUCACGACACAUUUAUCUCCCCUUUAUAAGUCUGUGGCGCUCUGUUUUCUUCCCAUUGCCAUAUCUUGUUCACGCUGUACAGGCAACAAGAUGCGGUUAUUACUUCUUCUCACGGUGGUUGUGACCGCCGUGUGUGCCCAAAACUCGUAUGUCGUCAUCGCCCCAUCCAAAAUCCGCUCCAACAUGGAUUUCUCCGUCAGCGUCAACAUUCUCAAGGCCACCGGUGACGUCACAGUUGUCGCCCAAGUUCUAAGGGGCACAACUGUCGUGGCCAGCGGCACUAAAGUGUUCCAAGCUGGCGCCCCAGGGACCAUCGACAUCAAGCUGCCCGCUGACCUACCCAACAGCGGCUACAUGCUGAAAGUCGUUGGCAGCGGUGGUUUGGUGUUUGACAAGUCUGAGAGUCUCAGCUACAACAGCAAAGAGGCUUCCUUGUUUAUACAGCUGAAUAAGGCCAUCUUUAAGCCUAGUGAUACAGUAAACUUCAGAGUUUUCGGCGUGUACUCCGACCUGAAAUCUUUCAACAGUCCUAUGGAUAUUUCCAUCUAUGAUGCCGGAUCCAACAAGAUCAAACAAUGGCUGAAGGUCACUCCAGAGAAAGGGGUCAUCACCCAGGAACUGACCCUCUCAUCCCAGCCGGUCCUUGGUGACUGGAAAAUCUCGGUGGAAGCUGGCAAUGUCAAAGAAGAAAAAGUUUUCACAGUUGCUGAAUACAUUCUUCCCAAGUUCGAGGUCGAGGUCGUCAUGCCCUCAUACGUAUUGACCACCGACACUGACGUCACAUUCACCGUUAAAUCAAAAUACACCUAUGGAAAGCCCGUCAAAGGUACCGCUGACGUCCAGGUGAAGCUGCUCUACAGCUCCAAUACCUACGACUACUCUCUCGCUCUACCUGUGACCUCCACACAAGUUCCGCUUGAUGGAGAAGCCAAGGUCACGGUGCCCAUGUCACAGGUCAAGGCCAUCAAUGCCCAGCUCAACGGACACAUCCUCAUCGUCUCGGCCAACGUGACCGAGUCUUUGACCGGAAACCAGAUGUCCAGUAACGGAACCGUCACCAUGUACGACAAAGGUGUGAAACUUGAGUACCCGGAGAACAAUCCCAAGACCUUCAAGCCUGGUCUACAGUACAUUGCUUAUCUCAAAGUCUCCCAGCCCGACGGUCUUCCCGUUAGCUCUACCGUUGACAGUGUCAAGGUCAGCAUUAAAAUCACAGCCGAGCUUCCUGGAACCACGCCCACCCCCAGCUACUGGUACUCCCCACCCACGGAGAACAGGGACCUGCCUGGUCAGACCCUGAGCGUCCCUAGCAACGGUCUACUCGCCAUCCCUGUUGACAUCCCCGCUGAUGCCAAGGAUGUUCACAUUACAUCAGACUUCCAGGGAGUGACCAAGGAACUGACCCUUGGCAAGAGCCACUCCCCUAGCAACUCGUACAUUCAACUCUCGCUCAAGUCUUCAUCCAUCAAGGCCGGAGACAGCAUUUCUUUUGAAAUCAAAGGCACCGAAGAGUUAUCUACCCUCGUUUACCAGGUUCUCUCUCGGGGCGUCAUCGUCAAGACCGGCACCAUCAACGCCAACAACCAGAAGGUUUUCCCUUUCUCCGUCGUCUCUGAGCCCAGCAUGGCGCCCUCUGCCAGAAUCGUCGUCUACUACGUCAGACCAGACGGUGAAGUUGUCCCAGACAGUAUCAGCUUUGACAUCAGCGGUGCUUUCAAUAACAAGGUUUCCAUCAACCUGGACAGGACAGACGUUGAACCAGGUGACAACGUGACCGUCAUCACCACAGCUGACCCUGACUCCAGCGUCAACCUGUUGGCCAUUGACCAGAGCGUCCUGCUGCUCAAGGGCAGAAAUGACGUCACUGACAGUGAUGUGUAUUCAGAUCUCAAGGAAUACGAUACCAUUGUAGAUUCGAGUACGUCCGGCGGUUUCCGUGGCGGUAUCGAUUGCCCAAUGUGCAGGAGAAAGAAGAGAUUUAUCUGGUGGCCUUACCCAACAUUCAUUGGCGGAAGUGACGCACAGCAGGUUUUACAGAAUGCUGGCGUUGUCAUCCUCACCGACGCCACAGUCUACCACUACCAGGAACCAAUCCCACCGAAUCCGUUGUGGGUUCCUAUACCCAAUAGCCAUUUCGCUGCGUAUGUAGGCCCUGUAUUUAGCAUUGGCGCAGCGGUCCAGCCAAUCACACCGGAUCAAAACCCUACACCAACGGUGACCCCCAUCAACACACAGUCUAGUACUACGCCCUUGAAAGAGGUGACCCGAGUCAGGAACGUUUUCUCUGAGACUUUCCUUUGGUCAAACUUGACCCUUGGAGCAAACGGCUCAGCUUCCAUCACAGCCACUGUACCAGACACCAUUACGUCAUGGGUGGUCAGCGCCUUCGCCAUCAACUCAAACUCUGGUCUAGGCGUGGCCCCAACACAAGCUCACCUGAAGGUCUUCCGACCAUUCUUUGUCAGCCUCAACCUCCCCUACUCUGUGACUCGUGGUGAGCAGCUGGCACUUCAAGCAAACGUCUUCAACUACCUGCCAGACGAUAUGCAGGUCCGCGUCACUUUGGCCAAGUCCAACAGUUUCUUCAACAUUUUUGUCGACGCUAACGGCGCCCAGGAUCUUAAACAAAUAGACGCAGUACAAGAUAUCUUUGUCAAGGCUGGUGAGGCCAAGUCAGUGUAUUUCCCCAUCGUCCCUGCUGACCUUGGUAGAAUUGACAUUGAGGUCAAGGCCCAAUCCACCAAGGCCGCUGACGCUGUGCGCAGACAACUCCUGGUUGAGGCUGAAGGAGUCCCCAAACAAUACAACGUUCCUGUCCUUAUCGACCUGACCGAAGGCAAAACAACUUUCUCAAAGACCAUUGACCUCACGCUGCCUGCAAACGUAGUCAAGGGAUCUGAACUUGCUAGAAUCUCAGCUGUUGGUGACCUGAUGGGCCCAACCAUCGCUGGACUGGACUCCCUACUUCAGAUGCCAACCGGAUGUGGAGAACAAACCAUGCUGGGUCUGGCACCGGAUGUGUACGUCACAGAUUACCUGGAGUCUGUCAAUCAACUGAAUGGAGACGUCAAGACCAAAGCCAUCGGCUUCAUGGAAAGUGGCUAUCAAAGAGAGCUGACAUACAAACACUCAGAUGGCUCGUUCAGUGCUUUUGGCAGCAGUGACAAGUCAGGAUCCAUGUGGCUGACGGCCUUCGUCGCCCGCGUGUUCCACCAAGCUAAGUCCCACAUCUUCAUCGACGACUCCGUCCUCGUCCAGGCCAUCCAGUGGAUAAUCCAUCAACAAAACGCUGACGGCAGCUUCCCCGAGCCUGGAGAAAUUAUCCACAAGAACAUGCAGGGACAAGCUGGGUCCGGGGUCGGAUUGACCUUGUUUGUGUUGAUCUCACUUUUAGAGAACCGUGAUGUUCUGGAGAAUACGAAUGCCGCAGGAGUCUUGGCUGAACAAGCCAGACAAAAAGCCCUGGCCUACGCUGAACAGGAAGUUGCCAAAAUGGAUGAUCUCUACGUUCUCGCCAUGGCGUCUUACGCUUUCCAACUGGCCGGCAGCAACAUGACCCAAGCUGUUCUAGAUAAACUGGAGGCCAAGACCACUGCUCAAGACGGCAUGAAGUACUGGCACCAGCCGGAGCCACCAAAGACCUCUACCAACACUUGGGUUAGCCCAAACCCCACCAAGGCCAUUGACAUUGAGAUGACCGCCUACGUCUUGCUGACCUACACAAAGCGCGGCAACUUGGUUGCAGGCAAGAGCAUCAUGCAGUGGAUCACCAAACAGAGAAACGCCAACGGUGGCUUCACGUCCACACAGGACACCGUGCUCGCUCUGAACGCCCUCAGCGAGUUCGCCAAGCAGACGUACAGCAACAACUUCAACGUCCACAUCACCACCCAGCUGGACCCAACAACGACCUUCACCUUUGACAUUGACAAGACCAACUCACUUCUGCUGCAGUCAAGAGAGACGACAACAGUCCCUGCCCAGGUUAAAGUUGAUGCCAGCGGUUCAGGCAUGGCCUUAGUUCAGGCUGCUGUGUUUUUCAACGUUGAGCAAGAGAUUGAGCCAACGACCUUUGACCUCACAGUGAAACUUAUUGAGGAGACCAUCAACAAUUUGUUUGUGGAAACUUGUGCCAGAUGGCUCGGCGAGGGCCCCAGCAGUGCCAUGGCCGUCCAAGAGUUUGGUAUCCCAUCAGGCUUUGAGGCUGACCUUGAAAGCAUCACCCAGCUGGACAUCCUGAAGAGAGUCGAGACGCAAAACAAGAAAGUUAUUCUCUACUUCGACAAUAUUGGCACAACUCCAGUUUGCUUAAACAUCCGAGUUGUCAGAACUGGUUUGGUGGCCAAGUCCCAGCCAGCUGCCGUCAGGGUCUACGAUUACUAUGAGCCAGGUAACCAGGUGACCGCCUUCUACCAAUCCCAACUUCUGAAGGAUUCCUCCGUCUGUGACGUCUGCACAGAGUGCGAAAACUGUGUUUAGGUCAAGAAAACUGUUCAGAUACCAAAGACGGUUUAAAGUUACAACUUUUGUAAAGAAAUCCUUCAAUCAUUAGCUGCUAUAGUUUUCUUUAUUUAAAAUCACAUGCAACCUUAGGUAAUUCCGUAUUGUCAGCUUAUUUACAUUUUUGUAAAAAUUGUAAGGUUUUUGUUUAGAUAGUUUAGAUUAUGUCGCUUGUAGUAUUUUAGUUAGUGAGCUAUUUUUAGAUUCAAGCGCAAUAACUAUAAGAAUCGCUUAUUUUAUUGGUUUUUGAAGUUGUAUAAAUUUUUGUAGUCAAAAAUAUAUUAAAAUAUAUUUUGUUCAUGAAUGUGAUAUCAAGUCCAAUAAAAUGUAUUUAAC